CUGGACUUCGUUGCUGAUCACCCAUUUCUUUUCGUGAUCAGAGAAGACAAGACUGGAGUUGUCCUCUUCAUUGGGCAUCUGUUGAAUCCUCGAACUGCAGUGUAAAUACAUGAGGGCCGACGCAUUAUUCCUCUCCCAGUGGUCGCAGUCUCGCAGACUCGCAGUUGGCACUUUCGCGCUCCACGGAUUCUCUCUCUAUUUUCUCUCCUCUGUGACAGAGCAAACCGAGCGCGAUCUCUCUUUCUGCUCAAACAUGGAUCUCAGGGAAUCGAUCGUGCAUCAAACGAGCUUCUCUUUGCAGUUCGCGAAGCUGGUCGGCUCGUCCCUCGCCAGCGACUCCAACCUCGUCUUUUCACCGAUCUCGAUCCAUACCGCCCUUGCUCUCGUCGCUGCCGGAUCGAAAGGCGAAACCCAGAAGCAGAUCCUCUCUGUUCUUCGCUCGGGCUCUGCUGCCGAUCUGAGCCUUCUCUCCUCCCAGAUUGCGGACAUCGUCUUAGCGGACGGGUCUUCUUCGGGUGGACCUAGACUGACCUUCGCUAAUGGCGUCUGGGUCGAUGCAUCGCUUUCGCUCAAAUCCACGUUCAAGGAAGUGGUUACUUCUGCCUACAAGGCCGAGACCAAAGCUCUCGAUUUCCAGGCGAAGGCUGAUGAUGCCAGACAAGAAGUAAACUCCUGGGUUCAAAUCAGAACUGGUGGCCUUAUCAAUGAGCUUCUUCCAACUGGAUCUGUGGAUGAAACGACUAGGCUUGUCCUCGGCAAUGCACUGUAUUUCAAAGGAGCCUGGGAUAAAAGGUUUGAUGCUUCUCAAACUAAAGACUCCGAGUUUUAUCUACUUGAUGGAAGCACCAUUCAAGUUCCUUUCAUGUCUACCAAAGAGAAGCAGUAUCUCUCUGCUUACAAUGAUUUUAAAGUCCUCGGGAUACCUUAUAAGCAAGGUGAGGAUGAGAGACGAUUCUCUAUGUAUAUCUUCCUUCCAGAUGCUCGCGACGGCCUUUCCAUUCUGACAGAAAAGCUGAGUUCUGAAUCAGGGUUCUUGAACCACCAUAUUCCUUGGGAAAAGGUUACCAUUGGGAAAUUCAAAAUUCCAAAAUUCAAAAUUUCAUUCGGUUUCGAGGCGUCCAGACUUCUUAAAACCUUGGGCUUGACCUCACCAUUUGGUCAAGAUGCCGAUCUAACUGAAAUGGUGGAUUCAGCUGUGGGAGGAAGGCUUUAUGUCUCUUCAAUUCAUCACAAAUCCUUUGUGGAGGUGAAUGAGGAAGGAACUGAAGCAGCUGCUGCUACUGCUGCUGUAGUUAUGCUAAGGAGUAUAAGGCCAGUUGAGCCCCUGGACUUCGUCGCUGAUCACCCAUUUCUUUUUGUGAUCAGAGAAGACAAGACUGGAGUUGUCCUCUUCAUUGGGCAUCUGUUGAAUCCUCAAACUGCAGUGUAAGCAUUAUACCCUCUCCCAGGUAAGUUUUUUGUUGAACUAAUUAUUGCGUUUACUUUUGAAAAUUUUAGCUUUAUGUAAGUGAAGCACUUUAAAUAGUUUGAAAUGAUCAAAGUCCUUGAGUUAAAAGUAUUGCCUGUUAUGCUUUAA